AAAAACAAAGUAGUUUCUUGCCGAAAGCGAUUUGGAGGGAGGUAACCAGGGAAAGAUAGGAUGAAAGUUGGAAAGGUUUAACUAGGGUUUUAUCCAUUUUCAUAUUUUAAUAUUCUGAGUUUUAGAACGUACACUGCAAGGACACGAGAAAUGUGGAGAGGCAAUUCGCUUGUUUGGAAAGGAGUGAGAUCCCUCAUUUACCUCCGCCAAUCAUCGGCUUCCAGAGCCGUUGCAACCCUCUCGUCUCCGUCGAUUCGGAGCCAACACGUCUCCCCCUCCAACAGCUAUCUUCAACAUCCUCUUUCUUCUCCGCUCUUCACUACCGCCGUACGCUAUCUCCGUACCGGCCGGGAUCCCAGCAUCAGUUAUGAGAUUACCCCGCCGGUGAAUUGGGGCAUACGAAUCGUGCCGGAGAAGAAGGCUUUAGUGAUUGAGCGAUUCGGGAAGUACGUGAAGACGCUUCCAUCGGGAAUCCAUUUCUUGAUCCCACUUGUGGAUAGAAUUGCUUAUGUUCAUUCCUUGAAGGAAGAGGCCAUUCCCAUUCCUGACCAGUCUGCUAUCACCAAGGAUAAUGUCAGCAUUCUCAUUGACGGUGUCCUUUACGUCAAGGUUGUGGAUCCUAAACUAGCCUCUUAUGGAGUGGAGAAUCCCAUCUACGCUGUUAUUCAGCUUGCACAGACCACCAUGCGCAGUGAGCUCGGAAAGAUUACCCUUGACAAGACCUUUGAGGAGAGGGACACUCUCAAUGAAAAGAUUGUGGAGUCCAUCAAUGUGGCUACGAAGGACUGGGGCCUUCAGUGCCUCCGUUAUGAAAUAAGGGAUAUUUCUCCACCUCGUGGAGUGAGAGCAGCUAUGGAGAUGCAGGCAGAAGCAGAACGUAAAAAGAGAGCUCAAGUUCUUGAAUCCGAAGGAGAGAGACAGGCCAACAUUAAUAUUGCUGAUGGCAAGAAGACUGCUGUGAUCUUGGCAUCAGAAGCUGCAAAAAUGGAUCAAGUUAACAGAGCACUAGGUGAGGCGGAUGCCAUCCUUGCUAAAGCACAAGCAACAGCCAAAGCAAUUGCAUUGGUGUCAAAGGCCCUUAAGGAAACUGGUGGAAUAGAGGCAGCAAGUUUGAAAAUUGCUGAGCAAUAUAUUGAAGCCUUCGGCAAUAUUGCCAAGGAGGGGACAACAAUGUUGCUUCCUAGUGCUACUGCCAAUCCUGCUAAUAUAAUGGCUCAGGCGCUGACUAUGUACAAAAGCCUGCUUGGCAAUGUUUCAAGAGAUACUUCUCAUGAGUCAUCCUCAGAGUUGACAGAUGAUGUGGAGGACAUUGCUUCUGUAGGAGAAGCUAUGGAUAAGAGUACGACGUUCACAAGUACAGUUGAUACCAAUCUACUAUAUGAACCACGAUUUUCACUUCAGAGACCCAGGAAAGGAGAUUAAAUUUGUUUUCAAACAUGGAAGGACAUCAUGCUGAUCCACAAACUGAACAAGAUUUUUGCUAUUAGGUUUGUUAGUUGUCCUGUAUUACAUUAUUUCGGAUUUAAAUUCCCGAGUCCUUCAAAGAGAAGGACAAUAACCUUAGAAGUUGUGUCAUACGAGUAACUAAAGUUGUCAUUUUUGGUAACACAGAGCAAGACGCGAGGAGAACCAUUGAAAAAUGCUAUAGAAAUUGUCAUGGUUACCCACUUAAAACGGUGGAUAGAUAUUAAGUUUAUUAAAUAAAGCUAGAACAUUUGAGUGGGUUCUAUAUA